AGAUGUACUCACUCCCCAUACAUCCUAUACGAACAUGCGCCUGGCACACAUUCUCUAUGUAUGACAGACCACAUUCUCUGUCAUUUCCAAAGAAAGGGGCAUGACCACUUUAGGGGUGGGGCAGAGGAGACGUAAAAAACACAGACAGCUGUAUUCUCUUAUGUUUAAAUCUGACGCACCAAGACAGCAGCCGGUCCUGAACUAAACUGACAGAGGUUGAGAUGGCGUAUUCCACCAGCACUCUUGCUGCUGGCAGCUUUGGGAAGGUAUACAGGGAGAAGUACAAUGACACCUGGGCUGCAAUCAAGAAGGUGCCACAACACUUAAUCAAUAGGAGAGACCUGGAGAGAGAGUGUCAAGUAUACAAAAAGGCAAUUCAUCCUAACAUAGUGAAGCUUCUGGGUAAUCCAACAUUCAAGGACUCUAAGUGGAUCAUCCCCAUGGAGUUCAUCUCUGGAGAGGAACUGGAGACAACCAUCUUCAAAUCACAAAAAUCUAAAAUACAGUUGACUCCAUCUAUAAAGGCCAACAUCAUCACAGGCAUGUGUGAAGGACUGCUUCACCUACACAGCAAAGAUAUCGUCCAUCAGGACCUCAAGCCUGAGAACAUCAUGGUAGAGUAUGACACUCACCGAGCUGUGAUCAUUGAUAUGGGACUGGCCAAAUUCUUCUGCAAUGGCCUAAAUUCUGCCAUGGAUAUGGGCAAUGAGGCCUACUCUCCACCUGAGGUCCUGCAGAGGAGGGGCCAGAGAGAUCCGCGUUCGGACGUGUGGGCUAUGGGUAAAAUCAUUGCCGAACUUUAUGCCAGAGUCAGGCUGUACACCCCCAGUGUCUGUCCAGCUAAGAUCCAUGAGAUCCUCAGUCUCCAAGGCCAGCAGUACUGUAACGCUGUCUGUAGGAUGGUGCACAGAGACCCCACAAUGCGAGCCACCAUGGCCGGAAUCAUGCCGGAGAUUCAACGGGCAGGGGUAGAUGGCGGUGGUGGCAACACCGAGGAGAAAAAAAGAGGACAUCAUCUGACAACCUUUCCUCACACUCAGGUAAAAGACACCUUGCCACGUCCUCAAGCUCCUGUACAGCACUCACUUUCUCCAUCGAGAUUUGAGUGUGCAGCUUUUCCAAAGCAUGAGGUCAAGACAGCACUAAGUCCUCAAGCUCCUGUACAGCGUUCACCAUCUCCAUCGAGAUUUGAGCGCAAUGCUUUACCAAGGUCUGAGGCCAAGACGCUAGUGGGAUCUCCUGUGAGAGCAACUUCUCCAUCGAGUUGGGAGCGUAUAGCUUCUCCAAAGCCUGAGGUCAAGACGCUAGUGCGAGCUCCUGUGCGAGCGCCUUCUCCAUCGAGAUGGGAGCGUACAGCUUCUCCAAAGCCUGAGGUCAAGACGGUAGUGCGAGCUCCUGUGCGAGCGCCUUCUCCAUCGAGAUGGGAGCGUACAGCUUCUCCAAAGCCUGAGGUCAAGACGCUAGUGCGAGCUCCUGUGCGAGCGCCUUCUCCAUCGAGAUGGGAGCGUACAGCUUCUCCAAAGCCUGAGGUCAAGACGCUAGUGCGAGCUCCUGUGCGAGCGCCUUCUCCAUCGAGAUGGGAGCGUGCAGCCUUGCCAAAGACUGAGUUGAAGUUUGAGGUGAAGACAACACUGCAACCACAACCCAUACAGCGGUCACUUUCCCCAUCAAGAUGGGAGCGAGCAGCCUUGCCAAAGCCUGAGGUCAAGAACUCACCGACUCCCCUUCCAAAAGGAAGACCAUGGUAAUACUCUGGUUCCAUCAGGCAUAGCUCAACCCAGUCAAAAUGUCAUGAAACAGCUUCUCUACAAAGAGGCGUCGAGGGGUCUCCCAUGCCCACUCCACACAACGGGCGGGGUGCGAAUCCGCCGCUAUGCACAAAGGAAUGGGAAAGUGGAGACUUGGGAGCAAAAGGAGGUGGAGACUGAAGGAGGUAGUAAAGUCAAGUUUGAAGAUGUGAAGUUUAACAAGAAGUUGUAAGUAGGUUAUUGACAGUUUGUGAAAUAGUAGGGAGUUGAUUUGACUCUGCUUCUCCAGAGCAACAACAGUAAAAGUUGUAUUGCACUAUUAAGAAGGAGGUUGAGUAAGGAUUCAUGAAUGAUGUUGAAGGACUAUAUCACUUUACAGUAUUGCUACAAUGUUGCACAUCUGGUUAGGUGCCAGUUUGCAGAGGCAACUGGAGUCAAAUAACUAUCUGUGAAUGUUUCUGAAAUCUCAUCCCUCUUGUAAAUCAGUUUUAUCUUUAGCUUGAUAUCAUUCAUUUGACUGUGAACAUAGUAAAAACAAAAAUGUUUUGUAUCUUCUAAGACAAGAAGAUCCUACAUUUAGCUUACAAUUAAGAAUUAAAGUCAUUUUUCACAAAUAUAUGCUGUGUUAUAUCCUCUUUACAAUAUGGUGGAAAAAUUGCAAGAUUAUGUUAUAAUACUUUUAUUGCAUCAACUGGUUGUUUUAUGCAACAGAAUAGAGUGUUCUUAACUAUUGUGUGUGUGUUCUACUGAGGAUGAGCCUCUGGGAGAUAACAUUGACAGGAGAUUUACGAUGUCUUUUGGGUGAUAAAACCUAAAGAGCAUUCCAGAGCAUGAAUUCAUGUUUCUGUUCUAUACCGUACCAGGGAGAGAUGGUUCCAGUUUGUAGUCGGAGGUCCAGACUCUCUAUACAAUGAACUGUUGACACAGCAGAUACUGUCUGCUAUAUAUUAUAGGUAUCUUUCAUACAAAUCUUAACCUUGUGACCCAUUCUAUAUAUCUGUUGUUUGUCAUGUAGGUUGAAAGGGGUGUAUCUUGUCUAUAAAAUACCUUUGUACUUAGGCUCGGGGCUCUCAACGAAUCAUCUGAGCGUGAAUCGUCGACCAGACAUCAUUAUAGUAGAGCACUCAAUCAAUUCACUUUACAUGUCGUGCAUUGUAUUGACCUGCUCCCUUAUUAACAAGUGAUUAAAUAUUUAGUAUUUAGUUUAAGUAUAA